UCCAACUUUGGAAUCAUGUCAAACCUAUAGUCAUAAUUCAUAUUUGUAUAAUGUGGUAAAUGAUGAUUCUAUAGUUUUAAUAACUUUGACUCAAAGGGGCAAUCUGCAGUUGCUACAUUCAUCUUUGGACUUGUAAAUGAAUGAUAUGUACACAUUGAUUCUUGAAGAAUAUAACUUAUAAAUGCCUCAUGAGCUCAGUUCAACUGUCCUACCCCAUCAGAAACCAAAAUAAACACAGUAAAUGUAAACAAACACUAUAUAGCUUCAAAACACGGUUAAAACUAUAAUUGUGACAUGGAUGGUCAGUCCUUGCGUCCAGAGCUCUGUUUAUGAAUUUGAGAUUUGGUUAUAUUUCUCCAGCCCGUCACUCAGAUUUUUAUUGAAACAGGUGCGGGAAUGGCUUUGUUCAUGUUUCUUACCUCACAUUUGAGGUAAGUUACCUUUGGAAAUGUAUAAGCAAAACCAUUUUUUGUAAUGUUAUAAAAGGCCACCUGAGGCACGUAGACAAUAACUGAAAUGAAUAGCCUACAUUGUGUCACAGUUUGGUUUGUUUAGGCUGCAUGCAUCACAUUUCACUGUUGUUUUGCCAACUUUUAAGAGUUUCGAAAUUAUAGAACUACAUGUAGGCUAUGCAAGAUUCAAUUGAUAUGUCAACUGAUGCUACCUGCCAUCUGCAGCCAAUAACAGUGGUGGUUAUCACUGACCUAUAGGAUAGCUGAUGACAGCACCCAUAAUGUCAAUAUAAGCAACACAACCUGCCUCUCUUUAUAGACAUCAAGCGCAGUCUGUGAUAUGGUAUCAUUAGGCUACACCGACUCUCAGUCAGCUGUACCUAUACUCAGAGGGUCAUUACCGGUAGGCUAGCUUACUUCUACUGUCAUGGGGCGGCAGGUAGCCUAGUGGUUAGAUCAUUGGACUAGUAACUGAAAGGUUGCAAAAUCGAAUCCCUGAGCUGACAAUGUGAAAAAAAAAGGAACAUUUGUUUUUCUGCCCCUGAACAAGGCAGUUAACCCACUGUUUCUAGGCCGUCACUGAAAAUAAGAAUUUGUUCUUAACUGACUUGCCUAGUUAAAUAAAUUACAAAUUUGUUAAAAACACCUGCAACAAUAGGCAAUGUGUGCUUCAACAUUGAUGCCUUCUUGCCUUUCCUGAAAACAAUAAGAUUCAGAUUCAGUGCUUGUGGAUUCGAUGUUCUAACCAGAUUAUAGCGCCAACAACCUGUUACAACAGGUGUGUAGACCGCCUAGGUCCUAGGGGUCAACAGAGUUGGGAUUCACCUGUCAAAUUCAGCCUCCCAAAGUGCCCACAUUGACCACUGGAGGGCGAGCGAGUAUCUGGUUUUAUUCAGCGCCCUUUGUCGAUAUUUGCCCCACAUAGAAUACACAUAUACAUAUUUCUCCCUUUACUGUACAUAGGUUAAGUUACAGUGGUGGCCCGUUUGAACAUUUUCUCUUAUGGCUCUUAUGGCCAUGUAGCCCAAGCCAGUGAGAUUUUCCAGGAGGAAAAAUGGAGAAAGCACUUCUCUGAAGUAACCAGAUGUCUGUGAUAUUGAGCAGUUGACAAGCAUAACUGUCGCCCAAGUAUGGUAUGUGAGUUUAUGUUGCAGAAGAAAAUGGUAUGGGCUUUCAGAGAAGUCCAUUGGAAUAACAUAUGGAUAGUGUCUAACCAGUUGGCAAUGCGUAAUUACCCGUAGACAUACGCACGGAAUAUCCGGUGGAUCUGAGGAGCAAACAUGGGCUCUUUUUCUUGUAAAGCUGAUUGUAGGGAAUGCAUGACGUAGGAGCCGAGCCCUGUUUGCCACCAGUGUCCAUAUUAUUUUCUGAGAACAUCUCAAAGAUCUGAUGCCGAACCGCACUUCCUGAAGAGAAUACCCGGUUUAAUGUGUUAUUUGCAUUCCGCGCGCGAUUACCUCCUAAUGGAUUUGGAUGCAGCAUAGGUUAGAAGGAAGGAAAUGACGUCAGCACUGUACUAUAAAUGAUGACGAUGACAGCCAACAGGUAAAACUUGAGAUUUCGCAACAUUGAAUAUACAUAACAUAGUUAUAGGAUAUGGACAAUGUGGCAACCUACAUGCAUUGCUGCCAUUGUAGUCUGCAUAACCUAUAAUAAAACAUCAUCCUACAUUUAAAGUCCUACCCACAUAAAGCAUCUAUGUAAGAAUAUUACAUAGUUUGUUUUCAUUACAGCAGCCUUUAGUUUAGGAUUUGAAAUUCCACCACUUAUAGGGCUAUAUGUUGUGAUUGUAAUAUAUUAUGAAUGGCCUAAAAUUGCCUGAGUGGGCUGGAACUAUCGUAUUAUUGCGUGACGCUCCAAGGCCUAGCCCCCUUCAAUCCGAUUGGUGUUUGUGACCAAAAUGGUGUGGAAGAGAAAAAACGAGACAUCUGUCCUCCACGUGGGUGUGAAUCUACUUUUGCCAUUGGUUUAGAUCAACAGCGUCCUAAAGGACUUCUCUUGUGAUUGGGUAGAAUGUCUGCGGACUGUAGGCGUGUUUUUGGCGUGGUGGAAGUGAGCUACUUUGUGACAAUGCUCAGUGUCGAUUUUUCAUUGGAGCUGCAGUGGGCAUGGGUGCGCAGCAGAGAGCUUUACUGUAUUAAUCUAAUGAGGCUUUUGCAUUCUGUAGGUCUUGUAUUUGGCUUCAAGGCAGUUUUCAGUCCCAUGCAUUUAAAACAAUAAGGACAGAAAGGUAUAGCCUAUAUUGCGCAUUUUCUCUCAGAAAGGCAAUAGUUCUAAUUGAUGGCCCUUGGCAUAUUUCCUGUGAUACUAGUAUAGCUGCCUGGCAUUCAUCCACCUCUGUAGCAUUUAAAAAUCUGGAACAUUUGGAGUGGAAGUUGGAACAUCUCUUGAGCAAGCCGCAUACACAAGAAAAGCGCAACAAAGUAUUUCUCUAUUAGACUCGUUCGGGGAAUAUUCUCAUUAUAUAAUCAGAAGAGGGGAAACUGGUUUAUUCAGACUCGGUAUACAGAAAGACACCAGGAGAGAGAUUCUAUUUCUUUCUUUUGAAUGCAAGCAGUUUCACUCUCUGAAAACAAGGGACACUGCGUAAAGGGUCUGCUCUUUCUCUCCAACCCCGCUCCACUCGCCUUGUCUCCCCCCUGACCACAAGCUAUCGAAUGGACCAACAUCCUAGCGCCCGGAGCUGCACCAGCCGCGGGGCUCCGUCUUGCGAGGCCGUCCCGAGUGAACCCUCCAUGAAUUUGUACAUCCAUUCCACAACCGGCACACGCUUCGAGCUCUCUCUUCCCCUGGAGGAGACUGUGGAAGGACUGAAGAGAAGGCUUUCUCAGAGACUCAAAGUACCAAAAGAAAGACUCACCCUUCUACAUAAAGAAACGCGUCUGAGUUCAGGAAAACUCCAGGACCUCGGGAUCUCUGAUGGGAGCAAGUUAACCCUUGUACCUACAGUUGAAGCAGGCUUAAUGUCUCAAGCAUCAAGACCAGAACAGUCAGUGAUGCAAGCUUUGGAGAGUUUAACAGAAACUCAGGUCAGUGACUUCCUGUCUGGCCGCUCUCCUCUGACCCUGGCGCUGCGAGUGGGUGAUCACAUGAUGUUCGUUCAACUGCAGUUGGCAGCCCAGCAGUCUGGAGGGCAGCAGUUACAGCACAGGCACCUCAUUGCCCGUGGGGGUGCAGAGGGCACCAUGGGACAGUCCACAGAAGCAUCUGGAGGGUCCACCAGCGGGCAUCACCCCCGCGUCCCCACCCCCCACCACCACCACCCCCAUCCACAUCCCCACCCCCAAUCCCAAUCCCACUCCCAUCCUCACCCCCACCUGUCCCGGCCCCAUCCAGUGCCCCCUCCCUCCACCAGCUCAGCAGCUUUCCCCCCUGCCCCCUCACACCAGCCCUCUCCUCCCAUGUACCCCUCCUCCUCUUCCCUCUCUUCAAGUCACUGCAACACCCCUCCUGCUCCUCGUCCCUCCCAGCUGCCCGGCAGUAUGUUUAGUCGCUCCCACCAGCCCUUCCCGGGACGACCCAGCCCCAGCCCUGGCUCCGCCCCCCAAAGCACCCCCACUGCAGUCCCCUGCCCUGAGGCUAACUGCAGUGCUAAGAGCCCCAGUAACGGCACCAGUGCUUCAGCACGCUCCUCUUCCUCCUCCUCCUCCUCCCGCAAACCAGGUGCCAUUAUUGAAAGCUUCGUCAACCACGCUCCUGGGGUCUUCUCAGGGACUUUUUCAGGCACUUUGCAUCCUAACUGCCAGGAUGGCACCGGGCGGCCCAGGCGAGACAUCGGCACCAUCUUGCAGAUCCUCAACGACCUCCUGAGUGCCACGCGCCACUACCAGGGCGUGCCCCCCUCCCUCACCCAGCUCCGCUACCAGACGCAGUGUGGCUCGCCCUCGCCUGCCUCCCCAUCGCCUUCACCCCCUCCCUCACCCCCAGCCACCACCGCUGGCAUUGCCGGCAUCUCUGCCAAAGCUACCUCGGUGCCUGCCAGCAGCCCCAUCUCACCCCCCCUCCACCCGCUGGUGCAGUGUCAGAGCCAGAUCCGCAUGUGCAAGCCCCCUGGUGA